UGGUAUAUUUAUUCAGCAUUCGGCUGCACUUAGCAUUCGUCUCAUCUCAAAGGCGGAGAUUUCAAACCCAACUUCGCUUCUUUAAAACUCUCUUCAUUCCUCCAUUCCCAGGUACCUUCUCUCCCACCACCCCAGAUCCCAAUUCUAGGUUAAGAUGGCAGCGGCACCAGCAGUUACCUUCACAAUUGGAAGCACCGGUUCCCUCGGCCAGAGAGGGGCCUCAUUCCCUCAAUCAAAGCCUCUUGGACUGAGAUUCAACUCCCACAGUCAUUUGAAGGCUUUCUGUGGCCUCAAGGCCAUGUCAUCUGUGAGAUGUGACUCCGAAUCAUCGUUUUUUGGUAGCAAAACGGGUGCUGCUCUGCAUGCAUCUUUUGCAUCCAAAGCUCAAAAGGAGAGUCAAAACUUCAACUACCGCUUCCAGCCUCAGGCUUCAUACAAAGUUGCAGUUCUUGGUGCUGCUGGAGGGAUAGGUCAGCCUCUGGCGCUUCUCAUCAAGAUGUCCCCUUUAGUUUCCGACCUGCAUCUCUAUGAUAUUGCAAAUGUUAAGGGAGUUGCUGCUGAUCUCAGUCACUGCAACACACCCUCUCAGGUCAGGGAUUUCACCGGAGCUUCUGAGUUGGGGAAUUGUUUGAAGGGUGUGGAUGUUGUUGUCAUUCCUGCUGGUGUUCCGAGGAAGCCCGGCAUGACUCGUGACGACCUUUUCAACAUCAAUGCCGGCAUAGUCAGGGACUUGGUUUCUGCUGUUGCAGAUAAUUGCCCUGGUGCUUUCAUUCAAAUUAUCAGCAACCCUGUGAACUCUACUGUGCCUAUUGCUGCAGAAGUUUUGAAACAGAAGGGUGUCUAUGAUCCUAAAAAGCUCUUUGGUGUUACCACACUGGAUGUUGUGAGGGCAAACACGUUUGUUGCUCAGAGGAAGAACCUGAAGCUGAUUGAUGUCGAUGUCCCUGUUGUUGGGGGACACGCUGGGAUUACCAUUCUUCCUCUGUUGUCGAAGACAAGGCCCUCGGCGAGUUUCACUGAUGAAGAAAUUGAGGAGUUAACUGUCAGGAUUCAAAACGCUGGAACUGAAGUUGUUGAAGCAAAGGCGGGUGCAGGGUCUGCUACCUUGUCAAUGGCGUAUGCAGCAGCUCGAUUCGUUGAAUCGUCUCUUCGCGCGCUUGAUGGAGAUGGGGAUGUGUAUGAGUGCGCAUAUGUGCAAUCAGAUUUGACUGACCUUCCAUACUUUGCUUCAAGGGUGAAGCUUGGAAGGAAAGGAGUCGAGGCUUUAAUUCCAUCUGACCUCCAAGGGUUAACUGAUUAUGAGCAGAAGGCUUUGGAAGCACUUAAGCCAGAACUCAAGGCCAGCAUAGAGAAGGGGGUUGCUUUUGCUCAGAAGCAAGCUGUUGCUGCUUAACUUUCUUUUGUCAGCGGGUAGUUUCUUGGGUUAUAUUUUAUUUGAGCAUAAAUACUAAGAGAAUUUUGGUUGCGGAUUUAUUGUAGCAUCUUUUCUGCUUCCAGAACUUAGGAUUCAAACUUUUUACAGUAUCAAUUCUACUUAAAUUACUAGUUUUGUUGGUAGAACGGAAGGGAGCUUCCAUUUCUAUUCUCUAUACCGAGCUUAGGUUUUGAUAAGAAAUCUCCAAAGAUAUCACAAUUAUAAUGUAGAAUUGGAAAAAUGUAAACGUUGCAUUUUGAAUAAUAUGGACAUUGGACCAGUUUUUGGUUUUCUGUUGAA